AUGGCGGGGUCCUCUCCCGACCGCCACAACAGAACCCCACUACUUUCUCUCUUCUCUCUCUCCUCUUCUCUCAGCUCUCUUCUCUGUAUAUUCAACUUUUCAGCCAUGGGUGACCACGCAGCAAUCUGGCAAAGCUAUGUCGACUCCAGCCUGAUGGGCUCAGGCCAAUUCGACAAGGCCGGUAUCCUUGCAGUCGACUUCUCCGGUCUCAGCGCCGCCUCAGCCGGCUUUGCCCUCUCCCAAGAAGAGAUCAACUCCCUCAUCUCUGCUUACACCUCCUCCGAUAACGCCUUCGCCAACGGUUUCUCCAUCGCCGGCGAGAAGUUCGUCACUAUCAAGGCCGAUGAGCGCAGUCUAUACGGCAAGAAGGGUAAGGAGGGUGUCAUUGUGGCUCGCGCUUCCUCUUGCACUAUCAUCGCCCACCACGGCGAGGGUGUCCAGACCACCAACGCCGCCACUGUCGUUGAGAACCUCGUUGACUACCUCAACAAGGCCUAA